CACCCAGCAAGAGUUCGAGCAAUAUGACUGUCGCAGCCACCCCAUCCAAGCCUACCGCCACCCCACGCCAGUACUCCUCGGGGUCUCUGGAUGGCUUCAAGUCCACCGUCCUAACCCCCGUCAUCGGCAACGAGUUCCCCAAGGGCUCGAUCAACAUUGUUGAUGACAUCCUCAACGCGCCCAACUCCGAGGAGCGCAUCCGCGAUCUCGCGAUCCUCAUCUCCGAACGCGGCGUCGUCUUCUUCCGCGCACAAGACAACCUAACCAACGACCUGCAAAAAGACCUAAUCCUCAAACUCGGCGAAUUAACCGGCCGCCCCGCAGACCACGGCCUCCACAUUCACCCCGUGGUCAACGACGCGCGGGAAUUCGGCGACCCCGAUCCCGAAAUCAGCACGAUCAACUCGCUCGAGCGCAAGAAGCUCUACAAGGGCGCGGCGCUGGGCAAGCUCGCCGCGCUGUGGCACAGCGAUAUCUCCUUUGAAAAAGCCCCCUCUGACUACGCCGCGCUCCGACUGACUCUCCUCCCGCCAACGGGCGGGGACACGCUCUGGGCUUCAGGCUACGAAGUCUACGACCGGAUUUCCAAGAGCUACCGCUCGUACCUCGAGACGUUAAGCGCCGUGCACUCGGGCGACAACUUCCACCGCGCGGCGGCGAACGGCGGGUUCCCGCUGUAUACCAAGCCCCGCGGGUCGCCGUUGAAUGUGGGCGAUGAGCUGAGCGCUGUGCAUCCCGUCGUGCGCACGAAUCCGGUGACCGGGUGGAAGAGUAUCUAUGGGGUUGGCGGGUUCACCAAGACGGUGCAGGGGCUGACGUCGCGCGAGAACGAGAACCUCCUCAAGUACUUCCAUGAUCUGGUCACGUAUGGCCAUGAUCUCCAGGUGCGGUUCAAGUGGGCGCAGCCUAAUGAUAUUGCCAUCUGGGAUAACCGCAGCGUCUUCCACACCGCGACAUUCGACUACGAUAACAUUGGCGAGCGCAGCGGGAACCGCGCUGUGGGUAUCGGUGAGGCACCGUACUUUGACCCGGGGAGCAAGUCGCGUCGUGAGGAUUUGGGAAUUGAGGAUCAGCUUUCGCCGGUUCAUUUCUAG